UUAACCUGAUUUGAUGCAAUCGAAAUUCCACUUCUUUCUAUCGCCUCCUAAACCCUAAACCUAAGUUUUAAGGUCUGCGAGGUUGAGAAGUCAUCCUGUGAGAAAAAGUGUUGGAAAAGAACCGGCUACAUUGAAGCUCCAAAAAUUAUAGACCAACAAGCAUGGAGUAUCUUCCUUCGGAGGUUCUGGUUAAGAUACUGUCAAGGCUACCUGUAACAUCUCUUAUGCAAUGCAAGCUUGUAUGCCGAGCAUGGUACAGAUUAACAAAAGACCCUUACCUUGCCAGUGUGCGUUUUUCGUGCGUGGGUGAGAAUGAUCCAUCUCUCAUUUUAGAGUCUGUUAACCCCAACCAAAACGAAUUUUACUCUGUGGACCUAUCCGCUCUUGAUGAAGGCAAUCUGGAAGUGAAUAAAAUCUGUCUGCCAACGUUGCCUAGGUUUUAUGUGGAAGGAUCAUGUAAAGGAUUGCUGUGUUUAUGUGAUUCAACAACAAAAUAUCAAUUAUAUAUAUAUAAUCUUUUCACCGGAAGAACGAGCAGCUGCCCAAUGUCCACGGAGUUUCCGAUUCAUGAAACACUGUUCCGGUUAGGAUUUGGUUUUCACCCGAUAACAAAAGAGUACAAGGUGUUAAAGAUUACCUAUCACAGCACUCACCGUCCAAUUCUAUACAGUGGUGAUCAAAUUUGUGGGAUGGAAUCACAGGUUCAGAUUUUCACGCUUGGUAGUCUUGCUUGGAGAAGCCUAGGGGAAAUCCCAUACCUUCUUUCUGAAACAUCACCACAGGUCCUGGUAAGCGGAAGACUUCAUUGGCACGCUUGGCCAGAUAGCUCGAUCAUCUCAUUUGACCUAGCAGACGAGCAAUUUCGAGUUGUUCCAAAACCUGGUUGUGGUGGCUUAGAUAGGUGCACAUUUUCUCUAGUGGCUUUAGGAGGAUGCCUUUGUGCAGCUGUCAGUCAUAAUUAUUGUCCAUCGGAGAUUUGGGUAAUGAGGGAUUAUGAUGUUAAGGAGUCUUGGACCAUGGACUUCCGUGUUGGUUUUCAUGUGCCCAAAGGAUUAAAACAAAAAUUGCCCGAACCCUUAAAGGCUUCAAAUUUUAAGUUCUAUUAUCAGCUCACACACAAAGUUAUCAGUGUCUUAUGCCUCAUGAAAAAUGGUAACAUCUUGUUGGAUUAUAAUGGCAGAGCUUUGGUUUCGUAUGAUCCGAUAAGGGGAACCUUUAAGGAUCUUCUGUUCUAUCAAAGGUCUUUCUGGCUUCAUGCUGUUGUUCAUGUGGGAAAUCUCAGUCAUUGAUAUGUAGAACGUAAAAAUGUGAACUCAGUGCGUCUUUUCUUUUCGAGUUUCUUUCUUUCCUCCAAUAUAAAAGGUUUUUAUUGUUCAUUUGUGUACUGUUUUUCUACUUGAAAGUGUGACUGUGAAGUUGUGAA